AUGGGAUAUAGUGUGUGUGUGUGGGGGGGGGGGGGGGGGGGGGGGGGGGGGGGGGGGGGGGGGGGGGGGGGGGGGGGGGGGGGGGGGGGGAUAAAAGGGGGGGGGGGGGGGGGGGGGACACGGACAAAGAGCCGGCAAACUAAAAAGGGGGAUGGGGGGGGACACAACAGGGGGACGGAGGCGCGGCGAGAGGGGGGGGAUCAAAAGCCCAAAGGAAAAGCGAGCAAGAGAAGGGGGGUGGGGGGGGGGGGGGGGGGGGGUGUGGAGCGAGAGGGGGGGGGGGGACCGCAUCACACAAACACCCACACGGUCCGCCACGUUGGGGUCGGGGAAUCAGACAAAGGAGCACGGGAAAGUGAGAAGAGGCGGGGGGGGGGGGGGGGGGGGGGGGGGGGGGGCAAACAGACUUAUCGGGGGGGGGGGUGGGGGGGGGGGGGGGGGGGGGGGGGGGGGGGGGGGGGGGGGGGGGGUGGGGGGGGGCCGGCAAAAAACACAACCCGCAGAAACCAAAAGGAGAAACUACCGGAAAGGGGCCGGGGGGGGGGGGGGGGGGGGGGGGGGGGGGGAGAACCAGGCGGGGGCGCGACGGGGGGGCGGACCGUCCCCGCCCGUCGGGGGGGGGGGGGGGGGGGGGGGGGGGGGGGGGGGGGGGGGGGGGCGGGAAAACAGAAAACCCCGCAUCAUAUAUAUGUAUAUAUAUAUUAUAUCAGACCGCAGAAACGGAGUGGGGGGGGGGGGGGGGGGGGGGGGGGGGGGGGGGGGGGGGGCGAUGGGGUGAAAAAACACAACCCACACGGGGGGGGGGGGGGGGGGGGGGGGGGGGGGGGGGGGGGGGGGGGGGGGGCGGGGGGGGGGGGGGGGGGGGGGGGGGGGGGGGGGGGAAAAAAAGCGACAAGGGGGCGCCGGUGGGGGGGGGGGGGGGGGGGGGGGGUGGCGAAGGCAGCCAGCGCCGAGCGGCCCCAAAACCCGGGGGGGGGGGGGGGGGGGGGGGGGGGGGGGGGGGGGGGGGGGCAGGGAAAAACGCAACCGAAAACAGCGACGCCGAAGGAAACACGCGCGGGAGCACAAGCGAGGGGACGGGGGGGGGAGGGGGGGGGGACAAGGGGGGCGGGGCAAAGGCCAAAGCCAGCGCGGGGGGGGGGGGGGGGGCGGCACACACAACCAAAGGACAAGGAGCACUCAGCCAGGGGACAGGGGCGUGAAACAAAAGGGGACGGAGACCGGAGGAGAACAAAAGCAGGCAGCGACCCCACCCAAAAAAACAGGGGCGAUGGCUUCGACCAAAAGCACGCAACCGGCCGAGGGAGGGUCCGGGGGAACAUCCGCAAGGCGAAGGGGGGGGGCGGGCCGAGCAGAAACGCCACCAACAAGACCGGAGAAGGGGGGGGGGGGGGGGGGCGGAAUAGGAGCUGA